AUGCAAACCCCGACGCAUCCCUCCACAACAAUUAUCUACGAUCUGCUUUUCGCUGACAACUGCGGACUUAAUAGCACGACCGAAGAUGGCAUGCGACGGAGCACGCAUCACUUCGUCGCCGGCUGCUCCCACUCCGGACUGACCAUCUACAAGGACAAAACGGUGGUCAUUCACCAACCGUCACCCAACUCGCAACACAACAGUACUCCUCUAAUCCAUGUCGACGGCAGCCAACUCAAAACCGUGGACAACUUCGCUUACCUGGAAAGCACAAUUUCCAGCAGCACAAGUAUCCACAACGAAGCAAAUAGGGUCAUCAUCGCGAAAGGCAAAAGGGAGGCUGGCAAUUCACUAGCGCCUAGACUCCUUAAUGCCAACAGUCAGCUACUUCCAGCAUGUUCGCACUGCCAACGAACACUCCAUGUGCGAAUCGGCCACGUAGCACACCUUCGGACGCAAUCCACCAGCAUCCCGACAGCGUCAACUUCUCCAUCCACUCCCUCCCCUGCCGCCAGCCCCGCGUCGACCGUCACCCCCGUCGCCGAUGAUUACACUGCCACUACCCCGUCGUCAUCAAUCACCGACAUCAUUCGUCCCGCCCUAACUCCCACGUCGGCCGCAGAAACCAGCCCCGCCAACACCACGAGAUCUCACACUCCCCCCACCGGCAAGACGUCGUCCGACAUCCCAUCAUCUGCUACUGUCACCAUCAGCACAUUCACGUCCAACGAUGUUGACUCAGUCCCAGCCUAA